CUUUAAUUUUCUCUCUCAUGGGGUGUCUGUCUGUCUUUCUUGCUUUCUUUUGCCGUUUUCCUCAGUCACUCACACACUCCGAUCCCUUUCCGCUUUUGUCUUUCUUUGGCUUUCGAUAAAUCAGUUUCCGUUCCCAUUCACUGGUCGCAGCACACAACGCCAUUCCCUCCUCCUCCUCCUCCUCCUCCUCCCCCUUACCCUCUCUCCGUCUGCGCUUCAAGAUAGAAAGUCUAAAGCUAGUCAGCUUCUGAUCAGGCAAGAGGGUAGCUGCUGUUUCAGCCCCACAGCUCAUCAGCUGGGCUAUGAAUGAGAGCAAGCCAUCGAAAGCGCUGAUGGGUUUCCUGUAGAAGUUAUCGCCGAGCUGUAAAGGGGAGGAAAAGCGAGCCCAUUGUCAGCAAAAAGCAAAGAAAAGGAGGCGUUUUGCUGACUCCUGAAACUGGGUGAGAUGGGUAGCAUGGGAUCGGAGCAGAUUAGAGUUCCUCCGCAGCAGCAAGAACGGCGAAAGCGGUGGGGAGGAUGUUUGGCUGCACUUUCCUGCUUCGGUGCUCAGAAAGGUGGAAAGCGUAUAGUUCCUGCAUCUCGUGUUCCUGAGGGCAAUGCUGCAGCAGCUCAACCCAACAGACCUCAAGCAAAUCAAGCCACAACAGCUAUAGCUCCGUCUCUUCUGGCACCUCCUUCAUCCCCUGCAUCCUUUACGAACUCUGCUCUCCCCUCAACAGCCCAGUCACCAAGUAAUUUCCUAUCGGCCAACUCACCUGGUGGACCCUCCUCCAUGAUGUUCGCUACAGGUCCAUUUGCCCAUGAAACCCAACUUGUCUCUCCACCAGUCUUCUCAACCUUCACUACCGAGCCAUCCACUGCCCCUCUUACUCCCCCUCCCGAGCUCGCCCACCUUUCUACUACUCCCUCUUCCCCCGAGGUUCCCUAUGCUCGAUACCUUCUAGCUUCGAGGGAUCUCAAAGGGGCACAGAAGGAAAAUUAUGUGUCGUCCAACGAUCUUCAAGCAACGUACCCUCCGUACCCAGAAAGCCCUGCCAGCAGCCUCAGAUCUCCGAUAUCGAGGAUCUCAAGUGAUUGCUUAUCGUCAGCGUUUCCAGAUCGGGAGGCCCCAAAUAUGUCUCAUGAUACAAAUUUCUUCUGCCCUGCUACAUUCGCCGAAUUCUAUCUUGAUCAAAAUUCAUACACUGCUGGGAGAUUGAGUGUCUCCAAGGAUUCAGACGUCCAUUCAACAGGCGGAAAUGGGUAUCAGAGCAGGCAAAACACUAGUAGAAGCCCCAAGCAAGAUGCAGAGGAAAUAGAAGCUUACCGCGCAUCCUUUGGGUUUAGCGCAGAUGAAAUCAUUACAACCGCCCAGUAUGUGGAGAUUGCUGAUGUGGCAGAUGAUUCAUUCACCAUCAGGCCACCCGUUGAAGAAAAUUUGCGGCCUCCGUAUGUGAAUGAGAAGCAAAAGGCAGUGGUAAAAUCACACACAAACUUGUGGGCCUCGAAUAGCACUCUACCUGAAUCAGAUAUGGGUGACCCUGUUCGAAUGGCAAUGCCACGGAAUGAACACAGAGGCGGACUCAGCACACCCAACAAUAGGUCGUUAACCGAUAGCGAGCAGGAUACUGGUAAUAGGCUCCCUAGGCUGCGGACAUCCAGGAGCUGUCGGAAAUACCCCUCAGGCUUGUCUAGCUCAGAUGCAGAGAUCGAGUAUCGGAGGGGAAGAAGCUUAAGAGAGGGGCGAGGGAACUUCUCAUUGCGCUGAGAGGGUACUGUCAUGGGAAAAGUCAGUUGUGUUUCAGGUUCUUCUGUUUGGUGGGAAAGAUAUAACCGAUCAUCUAGUCCGUGCUGUGAUAUGUCUAGUAUCCUUUUCUUCUGAUUGCUGAAUGUAUUUACCCAUCGCUGUCCCCGUACGGUACGGUGCAAAUAUUAAUGUCGAGCCGUCUAUAUCAAUAUAAUUGGGAAGUUUGCAGUCCUAUCGGA